AAGCAAAACAAUCACCAAAGAGUAUUUCUCACCAUAGCAUUCACGCCCCCCUCGUCCUGCUCGUCAUCCUUACCACUAAUACAUCAGCCCAAGAGAUUGACCUCUCUAUUCGAAAUCUACACCAGCUCGUCAUCACGCCUAAGUCGUUGAUCUAAUAUCUCCCCAUACCUUUCAUCGAUACCUCGGAUUUCCAGUCCCAAAAGCAUCUGGCCAGUUCCAGUUACUGCAACUCAUAUUUCUAGAUCAACGGCUCCUCCUCCUAAGUGUUCUCUCUCAGUAAACAGCCGUUAGCAGCAAUCAUGGCAUCUCCUGCAACUGCACUUCCUGCACCUGCUGCUCAAGCCGCCAAAUCCGCGCUGAAUACUGCUUUGGCGGAGAAUGAUAUCAAGGAGGGUGCUGAUGCUGCUCCUGGUACCCCGCCUACGGAGAAGAAUGGAGGUGAUGUUUCGUUGGAGCCUGGUGAGAUCCAGGAGGUCGAUAUGCAACAACAGGCGGAGAAUAUCCGUACCGUAUUCAAUGAUCCUAAAAACUUCAAUGUCAAGCAUCCUCUUUUCUCGCCCUGGACCCUCUGGUUUGAUUCACCCGCUACCAAAGGCCGCAAUCUUCCUCAAACUCCCAUGUCCUCUUUCCCCCAGACCCCUCUUCCUCAAACUCCUGGAGGUCUUGCUGUAGCGGCCCAAGGCUGGAUGGAGGAUAUUAAACGUGUUAUUAGCUUCGACAGUGUAGAGGAAUUCUGGGGGUAUGUUUGGCUCUCCUCUGGAUUUUCUGACGAUUUCGCUGACCUUUUGUGUGUUAGACUGUACAAUAACAUCGUACCGCCUUCCCAACUGCCACAGAAGGCAAAUUACUACCUCUUCAAGGAGGGAAUUAUUCCCGCUUGGGAGGACGAGGAGAAUAAGAACGGUGGAAAGUGGAGUAUACAGCUCCCCAAGGACAAGAACCGAGGGAAUAUUGAUAAGAUGUGGCUCUACACAGUAUGUCACAUUUCCUCCCUUGAGUUAUCAUCUGAUAUUGACACGCGGGUGCAGAUGUUGGCAGCUAUCGGAGAGACGUUUGAUCCAGUCCUCACGAAUGCCGAGAACCCUGACAGCCCACCCCAGUCCCUCAUCACUGGCGUGAUUGUCUCCAUCCGGCCGCAAUUCUACCGACUUUCGAUUUGGACACGAACAGCACCGAAUAUGUCUGGGGCAGAGGAGGACACGAAGUUAAAGGAUCGGAUCGAGGCCAUUGGGAAGCACUUCAAGACAAGUGUGCUUGGGUAUGGAGAGUCGGCAAAGUUGGCGGGACCUUUGGCAACGGAAGUCGAGUUCUUGUCGCACAAGGACUCGGAGAAGAAGGGCAAGCAGGCGAAGAAGAUUAUUGUCUAGAAUUAUCAGAGUGCGUUCGGAUUGUGCUGUCGUUGGCCAUCCUAGGCCUAGGGCUGGUCCUUCGCUGUGAUACUGCUGUAUUGUUGGGCAACAUCUCUAUUUUGUUUUUGUUUUACGGUUUCUUUCUAUUCUUCUCUCUUUUUUAUGUAUACAUAUGUAAAAUGGCGAUUGCUGGAGUCGAAACCAUGCUGCAUGGAGCAAUAUUGCUGUGCAGGAAGCAGCUGUUGCAGUGCGCCAAGUUCAUCC